GCACAAACCAUGAACCCGGAAGUCGAGCUAAAGAGAUACGUCAUACGUCUCAAAUGCUCGCCAUUUACCUGAGGAAGGAAACGCCUUAAACACCUGUGAAAGAAGCGCUGUUUUUUUCCCUAAGCCAAAGCACCUUCCGUCACCAGCAGCCAUGGGGAAUUUAUUUGGAGGCCUCUUCAAAAUGUUUGGGAAGAAGGAGAUGAGGAUCCUCAUGGUCGGUCUGGACGCUGCUGGCAAAACAACAAUCUUAUACAAGCUCAAACUAGGAGAGAUCGUAACCACCAUUCCCACGAUAGGUUUUAAUGUAGAGACGGUGGAGUACAAGAACAUCAGCUUCACAGUAUGGGACGUCGGGGGUCAGGAUAAGAUUCGGCCAUUGUGGCGUCACUACUUUCAGAACACACAAGGUCUCAUCUUUGUCGUGGACAGCAAUGACCGAGAGCGAUGCAACGAGGCUCGCGAGGAGCUCAUGAGAAUGUUGGCAGAGGACGAACUGCGUGGUGCUGUGCUAUUAGUCUUUGCAAAUAAACAAGAUCUGCCCAAUGCCAUGAGUGCAGCUGAAAUCACAGAUGCACUGAGCCUUCACUCCCUGCAUGGCAGGCACUGGUACAUCCAGGCCACCUGUGCCACCACUGGCGAUGGGCUUUAUGAAGGACUGGAGUGGUUGUCUAAUCAACUCAAAAACACCUAAAAUUCAUCCCUUCCCCUCACAUCCAUCUGCCUUUACUGCCCUCUGGUAGGCUCUUGUUACCACAAACAUAUGGGCCAACAGUGGUUAUGUAAGUAUAAAAAAAUUUGGUAAUGGAGGUUUACUUAACCUUUUUCUAUUGGGGUUUCACUUUCUGGUUGUCAGGGAAUACAAGGAGAAGUGUGGAAUAAAAUUGAGCAUAUACACUACUCACAAAAAGUAAUGGAUAUUUGGCUUUUGGGUGAAAAUGCAUACUUUUAGAACAACUUGAUGUUCCAAAACAAUGAGCGGAACGACAAAAUUCAAAACAGGCGACGUUUUCUGUGGCACUCUAAGCUCAGUGACCACUUCCAUCUGAGAACAUCCAGUAUGGGAGCUAAAUUGUUAGGUGUCAUCUUGGUCUCAUGAUGUCAAAAUGUGAAGAGCACGAUGAAGAGGACAGUCUCAAUACCAAUUCUAAUUGAACCAGGUCAUGGACUGGCCGAUUCAUGUAUCACACACUCUGCCAUCCAUCCAUCCAUGCUAACUUUUUGUGAGAAGUGUAUCUCAUGCCACCAAAAGAAAGUUGCACUUCUGGCAGUACCAAGCUCCUUUAGGGUGGUAAACACUGGUAUUGACUUUGUAGGAUGUUUUACGCAACAUAUGCCAUAAGAGCUACCUGCUUCUCCGGUUGAAUGUACAGUAGCUUCCUUUUAUAUUGUCAAGUCUCAGGGCUGCGGUUUGCCUUAAAGUGUGUACACUUUUAAUGUUUUAAAAAUGCUCUAUAUCACUUGCCAUACACUCACUCUUUCUUGUACUGUAAGUUGUACAUGUUGUGUAAGGCCAUAUAUUAGUGUCAUUGCCCCCUUCAGUCAUGGGAGGCUUUGUAUAGCAAAAUGCAUAUGCCUUAUCCAUGAAACAUGUUGCCUCAUGUUACAGCACUGCUCUGACUAUACCUGGAGGUGGGUUUGUUUUCUUAUCUAUACAUAUUGAGAUGUUUUAAGUUACUGUUUGUGUAAAAAAAAAAAAAAAAAAGCACUGUAAUUAAAGUGACUCGACACCAUUGUUUCUAAAAUGUAUUUUUCUUGCCGUGACUAUGCAAUAAAACAAAAGUCCAUAAUG